CAAUCGUCAACCACCUAGCAAUUUUCAGCUCUGUAAAUCGAACUCUUCUCCAUCUUCUCCACUCUUUCCAUUUCGAUCGGGGGGAAAAUUUUUGUCCGUCAUGUCUAGUCGGACAUCCGAUCUCGUCGGCGAAGUCCAGGCAGGUCACCAGUUCGAUCGCGCCGCCUUGUUCCGCUACGCUGCGGCGAACGUCGCCGGUUUCCCCGACUCGCCGCCUUCCACCUUCUCCGUCAAGCAGUUUGGGCAUGGGCAAUCCAAUCCGACGUUUCUGCUGGAAGCCGGCACCGGAGCUUCGUUGAAACGCUAUGUGUUGAGGAAGAAGCCUUCUGGAACUUUGCUGCCGUCUGCUCAUGCCGUCGAUAGAGAGUACCAGGUUCUUCGAGCUCUGGGGGAUAAUACGGGAGUUCCUGUACCGAAGGCGUUCUGUUUGUGUAUGGACCCGAGUGUGAUUGGAACUGCGUUCUAUAUUAUGGAGUAUUUGGAAGGCCGCAUUUUUAUUGACCCUAAGCUUCCGGGGGUUGCACCUGCCAGCAGGAGGGCAAUCUAUCGAGCAACUGCUAGAGCAUUGGCUGCUAUGCAUUCUGCGAAUGUGGAUGCAAUCGGUCUAGGGAAAUAUGGACGCCGGGAUAACUACUGUAAAAGACAGGUGGAUAGAUGGGCUAAACAAUACAUGGCAUCGACUGGUGAAGGGAAGUCUCCAAGAUAUAUCGGGAUGUUCGAACUUUCGGAUUGGUUGCACAAAAACAUUCCUGAGGAAGAUUCUUCAGGGACAGCAACAGGACUGGUUCAUGGGGACUUCCGUAUCGACAACCUUGUGUUUCAUCCCUCUGAGGAUCGAGUGAUUGGUAUUCUGGACUGGGAGUUGUCCACACUUGGGAACCAGAUGAGCGAUGUUGCUUACUGCUGUAUGGCUCAUAUUGUAAACAUCGACCUUUCUAACGAACAAAUUGGUAAAGGAUUUGAAUACGACCUUCCUGAAGGGAUUCCUUCACAAGUAGAAUAUCUUGCUGAGUAUUGUGCUGCAUCGGGAAGACCAUGGCCUGCCAGUAACUGGAAGUUUUAUGUCGCCUUCGCCAUGUUCCGUGGAGCUUCUAUCUAUGCCGGUGUCCAUAGUCGAUGGAUAAUGGGUAAUGCUUCUGGGGGUGAGCGUGCUCGCAAUGCUGGAAGACUGGCCAAUGGUCUUAUAGAUGCUGCUUUGGAGUUUAUAUCCAGGAGCUCCGUGCUUCCUGAACGCUCGCCAUAUGAUCCAGCCGCUCAUGAUGCUCAAGCCCUUAUGUCAGAAAGUGGGAGGUUUGUUCCUUCAAGAAAAGUGCUGGAACUGAGGCAAAAGAUAAUUAAGUUCAUGGAAGAACGCAUUUAUCCCAUGGAAAAUGAAUUCUAUAAACUUGCUCAGUCUCCCUCACGCUGGACAGUCCACCCUGAAGAGGAGAGGUUGAAGGAGCUAGCAAAGAAAGAGGGAUUAUGGAACUUGUUUAUACCUGUAGACCUCUAUCCCUUCUUUGUUAUUGUUUCAUUUUUCUACUCAGUUCUAUUAACUUAUAUUUUGAAACCCACUGAUUCCCCUGUGCUUCUUUUGCAGUUUGAUAGUGCCGAAAGAGCAAAGAAGCUAAUAUUCGAUGGGAGCAAUACUUUUCCCUCAAAUGAUGGUCAUCAUGAUCAAUUACUUGGAGCUGGCCUCUCAAAUCUUGAAUAUGGCUACCUGUGUGAGAUCAUGGGUCGUUCCAUAUGGGCGCCACAGGUUUUCAAUUGUGGUGCCCCUGACACUGGAAAUAUGGAGGUAUUGCUGCGGUAUGGAAGCAAAGAGCAGCAACUUAAAUGGCUUGUCCCAUUGCUUUUAGGGAAGAUCCGUUCAGGAUUCGCAAUGACAGAGCCACAAGUUGCAUCCUCUGAUGCAACCAAUAUAGAAUGCUCUAUUAGAAGAGAAGGAGACUCGUACAUUAUCAAUGGAACGAAAUGGUGGACGAGCGGAGCUAUGGAUCCCAGGUGUAAAGUUCUCAUCGUUAUGGGUAAAACAGACUUUGGCGCAGCCAUUCAUAAACAGCAGUCCAUGAUAUUGGUAGACAUGCAUACUCCAGGCGUACAAGUGAAGAGACCGCUCGUGGUGUUCGGCUUCGAUGAUGCACCUCAUGGACACGCUGAAAUCACAUUCGAGAAUGUGAGAGUCCCCGCAGAGAACAUCCUACUGGGAGAAGGACGUGGGUUCGAGAUUGCUCAGGGGAGGCUCGGUCCAGGGAGGCUGCAUCACUGCAUGAGAUUGAUAGGGGCUGCCGAGCGCGGAAUGCAGCUGAUGGUCCAGAGAGCUCUGGCCCGAAAAGCGUUCGGGAAGUUCAUUGCUCAGCAUGGUUCAUUCCAAGCAGACGUUGCACAUUGCCGGAUCGAGCUGGAGAAAACCAGACUGUUGGUCUUGGAGGCAGCUGACCAGCUUGAUCGCUUGGGGAACAAGAAAGCUCGAGGGACAAUCGCCAUGGCUAAGGUGGCAGCUCCCAAUAUGGCGCUGAUGGUACUGGACCGGGCUAUGCAAGUGCAUGGCGGGAUGGGCCUAUCAUCGGACACGGUUCUGGCGCAUCUUUGGGCCACAGCCCGGACGUUGAGAAUUGCUGAUGGGCCGGAUGAAGUGCACUUGGGCACCAUCGCCAAGUUGGAAUUACGGAGAGCUAAGCUUUGAGAGAUCGUAUUGAAAUUUGGACCACUUGACUAAUAAUAAUCAUCACAAUAAUUUAUAAUUAUAGUAAGAGAUUAAAGCCAUUGUUCCUUUUGGUCUCCUUUCCUUCGAUUUCAAUAAAGCGACAUACUGAAGUAAUAGAUACUGUAGAUAGUGUGUGGUAAUGUUGUUGUACAGUUGUACUUGUACCUUCAGCAAAAGAGCAAUAAUAAUCUGUUUUAGAGCGAUC